GGAGAGCCGGGUUGGGGCGGCGGCGGCGCCUUCGAGAGGGCGGGCCGGGUCAGCUGCUGCAGGCGGGGCGGUGCGUGGAGCUGUGGGCGGCUGCUGAGUGUCCUGCCGCCGCCCAGCCUUCGCCACGAUGCCGGGGAUCGACAAGCUGCCCAUUGAAGAGACGCUGGAAGACAGUCCGCAGACAAGAUCUUUACUGGGUGUAUUUGAAGAAGAUGCUACUGCUAUUUCCAAUUAUAUGAACCAAUUAUACCAAGCUAUGCACCGGAUUUAUGAUGCACAGAAUGAACUAAGUGCAGCAACACACCUGACAUCGAAACUUCUAAAAGAAUAUGAAAAGCAGCGUUUUCCUUUGGGGGGUGAUGAUGAAGUUAUGAGCUCUACUUUACAGCAGUUUUCAAAGGUUAUAGAUGAGCUUAGUUCUUGUCAUGCGGUACUUUCAACUCAACUUGCCGAUGCCAUGAUGUUCCCCAUUUCCCAGUUUAAAGAAAGAGAUCUGAAAGAAAUACUGACACUAAAAGAGGUAUUUCAGAUUGCUAGUAAUGAUCAUGAUGCUGCAAUUAACAGAUACAGUCGAUUGUCAAAAAAGAGAGAAAAUGACAAGGUAAAGUACGAAGUAACAGAGGAUGUGUAUACUUCCAGGAAGAAACAACAUCAGACCAUGAUGCAUUAUUUUUGUGCAUUAAAUACUCUUCAGUACAAGAAGAAAAUAGCUUUGUUAGAACCUCUACUUGGAUACAUGCAGGCUCAGAUAAGUUUCUUUAAGAUGGGCUCUGAAAAUCUCAAUGGACAACUGGAAGAAUUUUUAGCUAAUAUUGGAACAAGUGUACAGAAUGUUCGAAGGGAAAUGGAUGGUGAUGUAGAGACCAUGCAACAGACAAUAGAAGACUUGGAAGUGGCCAGUGAUCCUUUAUAUGUGCCUGACCCAGAUCCUACCAAGUUUCCUGUCAAUCGAAAUUUAACCCGAAAGGCUGGAUACCUAAAUGCUAGGAAUAAAACAGGCUUGGUGUCAUCUACCUGGGAUAGACAGUUCUACUUCACGCAGGGUGGAAACUUAAUGAGUCAAGCCCGUGGAGAUGUGGCAGGAGGCCUGGCCAUGGAUAUAGACAACUGUUCAGUGAUGGCUGUGGAUUGUGAAGACAGGCGAUACUGUUUUCAGAUCACUUCUUUUGAUGGAAAAAAAUCUUCAAUUUUGCAAGCAGAGAGUAAAAAGGACCAUGAAGAGUGGAUUUGUACAAUAAACAACAUAUCUAAACAAAUAUACUUGAGUGAAAAUCCAGAGGAAACUGCUGCACGAGUAAAUCAGUCUGCUCUGGAAGCUGUCACUCCUUCCCCAUCUUUCCAGCAGAGACAUGAGAGCCUUCGUCCAGCAGGACAAUCUCGGCCACCAACGGCUCGAACCAGCAGUUCAGGAUCCUUGGGAUCAGAGUCCACCAAUUUGGCCUCCCUUUCUCUCGAUUCUCUUGUUGCCCCAGAUACUCCAAUACAGUUUGAUAUAAUUUCUCCUGUGUGUGAAGAUCAGCCUGGCCAGGGAAAAGCCUUUGGCCAAGGAGGCAGGCGUACAAAUCCAUUUGGAGAAUCUGGAGGAAGCACAAAAUCAGAAACUGAAGAUUCUAUUCUCCAUCAGUUAUUUAUUGUCCGAUUCCUUGGUUCUAUGGAGGUAAAGUCAGAUGACCAUCCAGAUGUCGUUUAUGAAACAAUGCGCCAGAUAUUAGCUGCUCGGGCCAUCCAUAACAUCUUUCGUAUGACAGAAUCACAUUUAUUAGUCACAUGCGACUGUUUGAAGUUAAUUGAUCCACAGACCCAAGUAACAAGGCUCACAUUUCCAUUACCGUGUGUAGUUUUGUAUGCUACACACCAGGAAAAUAAACGACUCUUUGGAUUUGUUCUCCGGACGUCAGGCGGAAGAAGUGAAAGUAGUUUGUCGUCAGUCUGCUAUAUAUUUGAAUCAAACAAUGAGGGGGAGAAGAUUUGUGAUUCUGUUGGAUUGGCAAAACAGAUAGCACUGCAUGCUGAACUGGAUCGUAGGGCAUCAGAAAAACAAAAAGAAAUAGAGAGAGUAAAAGAGAAACAACAGAAAGAACUCAGCAAACAAAAACAGAUUGAGAAGGACUUGGAAGAGCAGAGUCGGUUGAUAGCUGCUUCCAGUAGACCAAACCAGACUGGUAGUGAGGGCCAGGUUGUUGUCCUUAGCAGUAGCCAAUCAGAGGAGAGUGAUUUGGGAGAAGAAGGGAAAAAAAGAGAAUCGGAAGCAUAAACUUGUUUUUGCUUUUUGAUUGAUUUCCCCUUCCCCUGGAAUGUGGCACAAGGUAACCAUGUUGAAAGAUCAAGGAGGAGACUAAGCUUUAUAUUUGCUUGUUUCAGCUUCAUUUACAAAAGACUAAGCAUGAUAACAGGUUAUAUUGAGCAUAUCCUUAAAAAUAAAAUACUGCGCAUUAUCAUCAAAUUCCGCCUACCUAAAUAAGACCUGCUUACUUCCUGUAGUAGAUUGCUGAGGAAUCACAUUUGCUCAAGAUAUUUUUCUUUCAAAUUGUGAACACUUUUUAUCCUGCAUUGUAAUUGGCUGUCUCUAUAAGAAAUUAUUUAUUCUUCAGAUUCUGACAUUCGUGUGUGUGCUCUCUCCCUUUCUGUAGGAAUAUCUUGUUGGUAGUGAGAGAGUGUUCAGCCGAAUGAGCUUAAAAUCCGUUCUGUGGAGCAUUCUACAAGUUUGCAAAUAUUCUAACAAUAUUAAGUAUGCAGUAGGAUUUGUAUGAAAUCACAGAACAGUGGCAGAUGGUGCUGUUGAUUUCAGGGCAUUUUCUGGUCUUGCCCCCGUCUCUGAUGUACUCUAUCAUGGCAGUAGGAAAGAGACUCAAGUAUCUUGUUGGUGUUGACACAGUCCUUGGUAUUUGUCACUGUCUUCUCAGUUCUCAGGUUGGGACUUUCAUUAUUGCUGCAGAGCAGUGAGGGUUAGAGUUUAUUGAAAGAUUUUGUUGUUGUUGUUCAAACAUUUUAUACAAGAAUUGACAUGUAAAGGGAGUGUUGUAGAGUGAUACAUUGUAUUUUCUGUAUUGUGAAAUAAUUUUUAUUAAUAAUAAGUGACAUCUCAAAAGAUGUUCUAUAACAAUUAUGUUUACUGCUUAGAAUAAAAAUGUGCAGUUUGGUUUAGAGAACAUAAUCUUUUAAAUUUCAGACUGAUAAUCCCAGUAUUUUCAUAAUCCCACAUUUUGAUAAUGAAUUGAAUUGCCACUUUAUAUCCACAAAGGCAAAUAACUAAUUUAUGAGUAUAGAAUAAUUUGUACUAAUUAUUGUAAAUACUUUUACUUUUCAAAUGAGUCACAGGUCUAAUUCCGUGAAAGACUGAAAAGGAAUUGAACUCCUCAUAUAGUAUAGGACCAAGGAAGGAGUUAACUUGCUACCAAGGUUGACAUGUCCCUGCAGUUUAUCUUCUGUCAAAACUCUUUCUUCACUCAGAUUUUAAUCUGUUUGUAGAUUUUGUUUUCAUGUGUUCUACAUGGAAAAGUGUAUAUAUACAUAUGUAUAAGGUUAAAUAUAUUGACUAAAGUAUUUUACAUAGUCAUACAUUUAUAGAUUUUCAAGAGGUUAACCAUCAAUUUCACAAGUAAUUUCCUCUUAGUUCUGUAUUAGAAGUGGCUUCUGUUUUAGGUAUCAGAAUAUAGCUCAGAUUCACACUCAUUAAGAACAGUUUUCUGUAGUAAUGAGAUAACAUAUACAUACAAAUCUAUAUAUGUGUAUAUAUAUAUAUGAUCAUGAUAUUGUUUUUAUCCAUGUGCCAAAUGGAAGUAAUGGUUAUUUAAUACACUUUAAAGUCUUAUAUUGCCUAAACAUACAGUUAAUUAGCAGCAAUUUAUGGAGUACAUUUGGCUAAAAGUAUAUUUUGUACUUACUAAAGGGAAUGCUUUCACAUUAGUGUUUCCUUCUUGUUAACCUAGAAAUUGCUGUGGUCAGUACUUGAUUAGUUGUGGCAAG